GAGGCCACGCGACGCGAGCGGCCACGCCGCUCAUCCCGCUACUUCUUUCACCGCCGUCUCCUCCUUCUCCGCCGCUCCUCCUCCCGCUGCACCUGCCUCAGAAAUGGAGGCCAGUUCUAGCACUGCCCUGUAUCCUCAGCGCCGCUGCAAAAACGUAUACCUGGUGAGGCAUGCUCAGGGUAUCCAUAACGUGGAAGGCGACAAGGAUCAUAGCGCCUACAAGUCGCCUGCGCUGGUCGAUGCUCGCAUCACCCCUUUGGGCUGGAGUCAAGUUGAUUGCCUGCGAGAGCAUGUGACAGAAUGCGGACUAGCGAAAAAGAUUGAGCUGGUUGUUGUUUCCCCUCUAAUGAGGACUAUGCAAACUGCAGUGGGGGUCUUUGGUGGUGAGAACUGUACUGAUGGAGUAAGUGCAUCACCAUUACUAAUGGUAGAAGGUGCUGGACACAGUGGACGUCAGGCGAUUUCAAGUUUGAACUGCCCACCAUUUCUUGCAGUCGAGGCCUGCAGGGAGCGCCUGGGUGUUCAUCCCUGUGAUAAGAGGAGCAGCGUAACAGAAUACCGUGCUCUCUUUCCUGCCAUUGAUUUUUCCUUGAUAGAGAAUGAUGAAGAUGUUCUUUGGGAACCCGAUGUCAGAGAAGCAAUUGACGUUGUUGCUGCAAGGGGCAUGAAGUUCCUUGACUGGUUAUGGACAAGAGAAGAAAAUGAGAUAGCUAUUGUCACCCAUAGUAGCUUCUUGGAUUUCACUUUGAACAAGUACAGUAAAGAGUGUCAUCCAACCAUAGCAGAGGAUAUGCGCAAGCGCUUUGCAAACUGCGAGCUCCGGUCGAUGGUGCUGGUCGACAGAAGUAAGCUUGGAUCAGAUACCCCUACAUAUGAUUUCCCUGGGAAGAUAUCGACGGGACUUGAUCUGCCUAGUGAUGUCGAAGACAAGAAGCACAUUGAGGAAGCUAGCAAUGGGAACCGAGGAGCGGUUGGUUGUCUAGAGCACACGCACAUGAGCUCGCCCACUCGCCUCAUUUCUACCUAACAACGCAGAGUCAAGCGAGGGAACUUCUCCCUUUAAUCACAUUUCUUUUGAAGGAUCUAGCAAGAACUGAGACCCUUGACCUCACAAUGGUCAAGUUUCAGUUGCAUGAUUGAUAUUGAAGCGAAGUUAAGCGAGACCUUAUGGAUAGGGUUUACCAUCUGUCACUCUGGAGUAUGAUUAGAACAAUUCGUUAUGUUCAUUAUUUGAUUUGUUGUAUGAGCACAUACCCAAAUUCAUGGGAAUGAGGAUAAUACAUGUCCCUUCUUUUUUAUU